AUGUCCCGCCCUUGCUGCGUAUCGUUGCUCGUAAAAACUGUAACAGAUGAGAUUCCGGACACUGUAACGGGCAUUUGGCUAGAUGUGAGGCAGGAGAACUGGAUGGGUGCACUGCAGACUUCCGUGCUGCAGGAAGACGAUGCGUGCCGGCAACCUUGUUCCUUGUCCUACAAACAACCGACGGCUCUCUCCUCCCAAAAAAACCCUUUCGUCAUUGGUAAAUCCUUAUCCUCCCUUGCUGGUGAACUUUCCGAACCCCGCAAAGUUAUUGACAACGGCAAAAAACUCCUAAUUAAGACCCGUAGUUCCAAACAAUUUAAAUCGCUACAAACCCUCUCCAAACUCAUUGACGGGACUAGUGUGACAGUGACUCCCCAUACGACCUUGAACAGUGUUCAGUGUGUAAUCUUUUCCCCAGACUUGAAAGACGUUAGUGACGAGACAAUUUUAGAAGAACUGAAGGAUCAACGCGUAAUUUCUGUGCGUAGAUUCAAACGUAAAGUGAACAGUGAAUUAGUGCCGACCAACAUCUUCCUGCUCCGUAUAAACACCACCUCGAUCCCGUCAUUCAUCCGUCUCGGUGCCCUGCAAGUUUCUACCCGACCUUACUACCCAAAACCCAUGAUGUGCUACAACUGCGCUCAUUAUGGACACACCAAGAUGAGCUGCAAGGUAGCUCAAGCCUGCGCCAACUGCGGUACACCUGCCCACGGAGAUUGCCCCGUCGACCCCGUGUGCAUCAACUGCAAAGGAACACAUAACGCCUUCUCCCGUUCCUGUCCCCGCUACCUACAAGAAGAAGCAGUCAUUAAGUACAAAGUAGAUAACAACUGUUCUUACGGAGAAGCCCGCAGAUCUGUUAGUUUGCCUGUAACUCCUUCCCUUGUCCAACAACGAAUUACGUACGCACAACAAACGACGCAAGACGAAAAAGACGUACUUAUUGCUAUUCUACAAUCACAAAAUCAGCAACAAGAAGAACUUAUCAAAACACUAAGAGAAUCAAUGGACAGUUUGAGAAAACAAAUAAAAGAACAAGGUAAAAUGAUUAAAAGAAUACUGAACCAAAAUAAUGACAAACAAGAACAAAACGACAACUCACUAGAAUCGGAAACCGACACAACUCUGACCGACUCAGAAGACGCGGCCUCCACCACCUCCACCACUUCUUCCAUCACCCGCAAGCGAGCCCGCGGGAAUAAGGGCUCUCCCUCCUCGGAAGAGGAAAACCCAACCUCCCCCACCCCCACCCCCAACACCCUCAAUUCUUCCUCUCCCCAUAUCCCCAACCCCAUCACCACAAUCCCUCCUUCCUACAUUUCCAUCCGUAGUACGAAAAAGAAAAAACCUAGUUAGAAAGAUCC